AUGGGGAUACCCAGCAGCAGCAGCAGCAGUAGCAGCAGCAGCAGCAGCAGCAGCAACAGCUUUAACAGCAACAGCAGCAGCAGCAGCAGCAGCAGCAGCAGCUGUCCUGCAUAUUCAAGGCUGCUGCUGCAACCCCCCACCCCGCCUCCCUUCAUCGAUGCUUCGGGGCAGCCAAUAGCGCGGCAGCAGCAGCAGCAGCAGCAGGGGAAAACAGCUGCUGCAGCUGCAGAAACAGCAGCAGCAGCAGCAGCAGCAGCGGCAGCAGCAGCAGCAGCAGCAGGCAGCAGCAAGUACCUCACCAUGGGUAUGCAAGCUCUGUUGCCUCCAUUAGAGAAGAAACGAAUGCGACGGGAGCUGUCUUUGCUGCUACGAAAGCAGCAGAGUGCAGCAGCAGCAGCAGCAGCAGCAGCAGCAAAUGGAGACACAGCAGCAGCAGUAAGGUUACGCUUUGAGCUCUUACCUGACCCGCUGCUGCCGCAGCUGCCGCUGCUGCAGCAGAACAAAUUCUCUAACGACGGCAGCAGCACGGUGCUGCAGCUGUGUCGCUUCAUUGCUGCUCGUCUCAACCGCCAGCUGCAGCAGCAGCAGCAGCAGCAGCAGCAGCAGCAGGUUGGUGAGCUGCGGCUGUAUACAAAGGAGCAUCGAUUGCCCUUUGACCCCCACAUAACCCUUGCUGCUCUGCAUCAGCUGUCUCUGGCUUAUCCUACUGACUCUCUCGUUGUUUACUAUACUACAAGAAACUACGGAGAUGAAGGCGGCGGCGCACUGAGCGGCAUAAGAGGCCAUCUGACGGAGCUCUCGCUGCUGCAGUUUCUGGAGAGUGCAGCAGGCCGUUCGCCUUCACAGCAGCAGCAGCAGCAGCAGCAAUUCUGGAGAGUGCAGCAGGCCGUUCGCCUUCACAGCAGCAGCAGCAGCAGCAGCAACAACAGCAGCAGCAGCAGCAGCAGCAACAGCAGCAGCAGCAGCAGCAGCAGCACGGCAGCCGUGGAGGGUUGCUAG